AUGUCUAGCAUGGCUGUGUGGGAGACCGAGGACGAGUAUGGCGGCACGGAUGUUCCGACAGAGCAUCCGACCUCGCCGGAGACGCCAUUUCGAACUGCCUCGCGCAACUCCAAGAAGUCCCGGCGAUCGGUCACGCCCCCGGGCAAGAAGUCGCCGCCCCCGCCUAUCCCCGGCACAGAUAAGACCGACAAAAGCUCGAAACGGUCCUCCAAGGACAUUGCGACAGAUGAGACUCUGAGCAUAUUGGACCCGCGCCGGUUCACCCCUACGCUGCACGCCAAUCUCGUGUCCGAGAUACUCGCCUUGAGGAGGGACCAGGAAGAAAAGACAAAGAUCAUUGAGAGUUUGGAAACCUCGCUGCAUACGACUCGGGAAGAACAAGAGUCUCUCCAGACCACCCUAACGACCACGUCCAAGGAGAGUCGUUCCCUGAAGCGCCAGCUUGCGCUCUUGGAGGGAGGCACAUCGUCGGCUCUUGGCGAGCUGGCCCGCGAGCGUGACGAAGCGGUAGACACUGCUACUGAAACGAAAAAGCGGCUGGAUGCUGUCCAGAAGCGCCUUCGCGUUCAAGAAGAUGACUCGCAGAGGGUGCAUGAGCAGUGGGCCAAGGAGAAGGAUGAGUGGGAAGAGGAGAAGCGCAAAUUUGAACGCAAAGUCCACGUUGCUGAGAGCCGGCUCAAGAUGCUGCUUGAUGAGGUCGCCGCGUUCCAAGCCGCACAGGCCAAUGGAUUCCAACACGCCCCGGAGAGCGAGACUGACGACGCCGGCAAGGACAAUGACGCCGCCAGCGUGCGCACAAUGAGCAUGACGAAUAGCGUUCGCUUCUCUGUUGUGACUGCUGGCCGGCCGGUCGGCCAUUCCCUGGCGGAUGAAUUGAACUUUGACGGAGAGACAGAUUACGAGACCGACCCCGGUGGCCGGGAAAGCGUUCUGUCGAACCACGCAAACAACUUCCACAUGCGCAACACGAGCCGCGACAGCGCAUUCUCAAAGACUCACCGGCGCAACCACAGCAAUGAUAGUCUCAUCCGGCCUGGGAGCGUUGCCAGGGGCCGCUUCCUGAACCAGGCAGUCUUGGAACGACUCGAAGACGGCAUCAUCAAAGAGGACGAAGAAGAGAUGCCUCCGCCUGCACGCAAAGUCAGCUACGCGGACAGUGCCGUGCAGUACUCACCCCCACCCUCACCUACCUUGCUGCCUUCGAAGCCAUCGACCCCCGAGCCGCCUGCCAUCCCUACCAGGCUGGACAGGGCACAGGAGGUCGAGACUUCUCCACGCGGCGACUGGGAGAUCGAGGCGAAUCAGAGGAGAAAGAGGGUCUACAUCGCCCGACCCUUGACCAUCGAGCCGGUGACUGCCACCAAGCUCAUGGUCUCGUCGGCCGCUCAGACUGCCGAGGAGCCCCUGAGUCCACCCAAGACGCCCAAAUCUCCGUACGCGCCAGAGUCGCCCGUGUCGGUGAAGAGGGUGAGCACGGUGAUGGUGUCGUCCUCCACACAGACGGACAUGCCUCCGCCGCUGGAAAAGCCCGCCUUGGCACCUCCCGCCGAAGUCCCCAUGCUCAUCCCGAGCAUCAGCAUCCAUCCCCCUACUUCGCGCCCCACAACGCCCCGGGAGCCCCGUCUGCCGCAGCUGUUCAAGGACUUUGGCUGCCAGGUCAACUUCUCUGCGCCAGUGCCUUCCAAAUCUACCGCUGUCCAGACUGAGGAGAUCCGGGUCGACACGCGCCUGGAUAGACUUCCUGCGCAUCUGCACCCGUCGACCAUCACAUCAAGACCAACUUCACCGGCGGCUCCUGAGCCUAUUGUGGAUGACCCGACAAAGUCCUUCACCCCCGUGCCUGGCGCUCUGCCACCACGAAACCCGAGGCGCCUCACGACCAAGAGGAGUCUCACAGACCUCACCUCAUCCCCUCCAGCAGCCGCUUCGCCCGCUGCUGUGGAAGAGACGCAUGACACUUAUCCUGGCAACAACGAUGACGGUCCGCUAUCGAGCCAGAAGGCGCCGAUGCGCAGGCCUCCCCGUAUCAGCAGUUUGUUCGCCGGCUUUGACGGCAACAGCUCGGACGAGGUGGACGAGUUUGCCGAUAUCGACAUGAGUGACUCCGAGUACAGAACGGCGCUGUCAGCUCCCAAGCCGAAGUCGGGGUCAUCCAGGUCUGCUAAGCGCAGCUCUGGAGGUACCGUACUCACCUCGCCGGAGCAACCUUCCCUGCCCAGAAAGGGCUCUGGAAGGAGCUCCAUGAAGCAGAUUGGCGGUCCCGAGACGUAUAGUAAGUACUCGCUUUCGGAUGGACGGGAUAGCAGAGACUCUGUAGUUGGUCGGUCUUCCAAGGCUAUCAACCGUGGAUACGAGAAGCCGUCGUCGAUUGGCAGCUCGAAUAAGUCGAGCGUGAUGCGCAAGGCUGCCAUGAUUCAGAACGGCAUUGCCACGCACAGCCGCGCAAGAAGCCCGAGCCUUCCCGACCCGCAGGAUCCUCCCUUCCCCAUCCCGACUCGCGCCAGCUCCAGGAAGCCUCCGGUCAGCGUCAGUGCGCCCAGCGAUGGCCAGCAGAGCCCGACCAGAGGAGAGGCUUGGCACAGGCGAGGCGUCGGGCGCAGCCACUACCGGGCCGGCAGCAUUCGCAAGGUCCGUUCGGCCGCGAAUCUGCCGCGUAACCAGAGGAGCAGGAGGCAGGGCAGCCGCUCGCCGCCCCCGUUCUCGGAGCUGGAGGAGCCGGAGAGCCCAGGCUUGCCUCCCCUGCCCAGCAACGACAUCACCUCUCCCCGCUACCCCGGAUCCAAGUACAAGACGCACCAGCACCAGCCAUCGACCAACACCAACACUACUGGCGGCGAGUCGCUCGGCAGCUCGAACCAGGCCACCGGCGUGGUCGAUGCGAUCGCCCAGACGAUGGUGGGCGAGUGGAUGCACAAGUACGUCCGGAGGCGCAAGUCUUUUGGGGUUGCCGACAGCGGCAAGGACGACAGCAGCAACGACCGCCACAAGCGAUGGGUAUGGCUGGCGCCCUACGAACGGGCCAUUCUGUGGAGCAGCAAGCAGCCAUCUAGCAACAGCACUCUGAUGGGCAAGUCUGGACGCAAAUUGACCAUCCAGUCGGUCUUGGACGUCAAGGAUGACAACCCGCCGCCCAAGGGCGUCACCCAGCUCUUCAACCGGUCGAUCCUCAUCCUGACACCGCAACGAGCCCUCAAGUUCACUGCGGCCAGUGCCGAACGCCACUACAUCUGGCUGACGUCUCUGUCCUUCCUGGCCCAUUCGCAGCAAGCGGUGCCGGACAUUGUAGCGCAGAUGAACCCACCCAAGCAACUGCCCGAGUUUGACUCGAGGCCCAAGGGCAGGAAGGCGGGCAUUCGCGACUCGAUCCGCUUGGCCAAGGGCAAGGCCAACGCGCCUCGGGGUCCCAUGAGUGCUGCCUCGUCCCACACAGACUCUGUGCCGCCCAGCAUCCCCAGCUACAGGAUACCAGAGUCGGUUGUCUCUGUCCCGUACUCGGCUCCCUACGUUCCGUCGGUAGCGCCGUCUGCGUACUCGGCGCCGUACUCGGUGCCGUCGGUCCCUCCAUCCGUGUCUGCCCCCUCGACGCACACCCGUGACCUAUCGAGGGACACGGCAGAGCCGCCGGCCAUUCCUCGGUUCCACGACCGGGUGAACCACACCACGGUGCACGGCCGCAAGAGGAGCAACACUGGAGGCCACGUGCCUCCGCCCUUGUCCUUCCGGGGCUUCUCGGGGCCCCUGAGCGCCUCGAGCAGCUACCACCACGCGUCGACCAACAGCACGGCGGGCAACUCGGACAUCUCGCAGUCGCAGGGCUCGACCAACAACAUGACGUGGGCGAUGAGCACGGGCUCGCAGCGCACGUCGGAGGCGUCGUCGCGGCCGAGCGGGGCGGCCAUGAAUAACUUCUUCGACGCCAUCGGCACGGUGCGCAUGGAGGCCUUCAUCAGCCCGCUGGCCUUCUCCCGCUUCGACGGCGGCGACCCGGACGAGCAGGAGGAGAUGCGGUACCGGGCGCGGCGCCGCAGCAAGGAGAUCCGGCGGCGGGCGAGCCGCAGCCGGCACCGCGACAGCUACCAGUCGCGGGGGGGCGGGGCCAGGGGCGACGAGUACUACGCCUCUGCCGGCGGCGGCGGCGGCGGGAGCAGGACGGCUGGGGAGGAGGAUUAUUUCUUUCGGGAUGAUCCGUUUAAGGGGUUUUGA